AUGUUGCGAUGUAAGUCGCUGGCCGUGUUGUGUCAGCGUGGUCUGGCAUCAGCCGCAAAUGUACCAGCGUCUCAAUCUCGGCCAGUUCGAAAGGAAACUCCAAAAGGUAUGGGAAUAACUGGUACUCCCUUCGUGGAACCUGAAAGCACGGCCGAGUAUGCUUUAGCCAGAGUGGAUGAUGUGAUCAACUUCGCUCAACGAGGUUCUUUGUGGCCGUUGACUUUCGGUUUAGCUUGUUGUGCCGUAGAGAUGAUGCACUUUGCUGCUCCGAGGUACGAUAUGGAUCGUUAUGGUGUAGUAUUUCGUGCUUCUCCGAGACAGGUACUUUACAAUCUGAAUUAAGGAUACACUAGCAUGUAAUACUUUUAUUAAUUUUUUUGUUUUAGGCUGAUUUGAUCUUUGUUGCUGGUACUGUAACUAACAAGAUGGCUCCUGCGUUGAGAAGAGUGUACGAUCAGAUGCCAGAAUCCAAGUGGGUGAUCAGCAUGGGUUCUUGUGCCAAUGGCGGUGGAUACUACCAUUACGCCUACUCUGUACUCAGAGGUUGUGACAGAGUGAUCCCAGUCGAUAUUUAUGUUCCUGGCUGUCCACCAACUGCCGAAGCCUUGUUGUACGGUGUUCUCCAGCUUCAGAAGAAGAUUAAGCGACGUCGGAAUGCUCAGAUGUGGUAUCGGCGUUAA